CAAUGACUGAACAGAAGGAAAGUUUUCACUAAUUACUGACUGACAGAAAGGUAUAUGGCGCAAAACUGGGUUAGGCUUUGUUAGAAAGUCCAUGGUUUUAUUAUUUUAGGCUAUAAAAUGAGUGUGGAAUGUUCCAAUAUAGCCGCGCUUUUGGUUGACACAGGCACAGGUAUGGCUCAACGGCUCAUUCACCUGAUGACGCCCUACCAGAUGGGUUCAUUUACUUUGUCUCACAGAGUGGUUUUAGCCCCCUUAACAAGGCAAAGAUCAUACGAUUACAUGCCUCAACCACAUGCCAUCACUUAUUACACUCAGAGAACAACUCCAGGUGGCCUAUUGAUCUCAGAAGCAGCUGUUAUUUCUGAAACAGGAUUAGGGUCUCCACGGAUGCCUGGAAUAUGGACGAAGGAGCACGUUGAAGCGUGGAAGCCCAUCGUCAGUGCCGUCCAUGAUAAAGGAGGCAUUUUCUUCUGUCAAAUAUUUCAUACUGGAAGAUAUUCCCAUGUUGAUUAUCAGCCUAAUGGCCAGCCCCCAAUUUCAUCCUCAACCAAGAGGAUGCCCGGUGAAAUCGUUUUAGCAAAUGGUAAAGAUGUGGCGAAGGCAUCGGUUCCGCGUGCCCUAGAAACAGAGGAAAUUCCGCAUAUUGUUGCAGAUUUUCGCAAUGCUGCAAGAAAUGCCAUAGACGCAGGGUUUGACGGCGUUGAAAUCCAUGGAGCUCAUGGAUACCUUGUGGACCAGUUCUUGAAAGACAGUGUAAACGACAGGACUGAUCGCUAUGGCGGAAAUCUGGAGAAUCGUUGCAGAUUUGCUCUUGAAAUUGUGGAAGCAGUGGUGGAUGAAAUUGGAGCAGAACGCGUGGGAAUUCGGCUUUCCCCUUUUUCAGACUAUUUUGACGCCUACGACUCAAAUCCACAGGCCCUGGGAGUUUACAUGGCUGAGGCCUUGAAUAAAUACAAUAUUUUGUAUGCUCACAUUGUAGAGGCAAGGUUUGAAAAGGGAGUUGGAAUGGAUGAGAGCCUGUUUCCCAUGAGGAAAGCUUUCAAGAAUACAUUCAUGGUAGCAGGAGGUUAUGAUGGUAAGGAAGGGAAUAAAGCUGUUUCAAGUGGCAAGGCGGAUCUGGUAGCUUAUGGCAGGUUUUUUAUAUCUAAUCCAGACCUUCCAAAGAGAUUUAAGUUGAAUGUGCCCCUAAAUGGCUAUGACAGAAGCACAUUUUAUCAUCCUGAUCCAGUGGUUGGCUACACAGACUAUCCAUUUCUGGAAUUUUGAGUCCAUUUGAGUAAAGCAAAUUCGCAAAUUCGCAUUUUGUACGUAUUAACUUUCACCUCAUUCAGCUGGGCCUGAAAAUUGGAAUGACAGGCCAUCAGAUUUUUUGACCUUUUGGGAGGCUGUUCAGAGAUAUUAUUAUUAAUUAAGUAUAUUGAAGAAAAGUCAUGCCUUUCCAUUGA